AUGACCACCCCAGACGCCCAAGAUGUCUCUCCUUCGCCCGAGUACAGGAGCGACUUGGACGACGACAUGGCUGCUGAACAGUCGGCAGACCGCCAAUCUGGCAAUGGUGACUCCACCCAGAAGCCUACCAACGGAAAGCCCAAUGCAAAGGAUCCUCUCAGGCCACGGAGGAAAAAGGCGCGGAGGGCAUGUUUCGCCUGCCAAAGAGCUCAUCUGACGUGUGGUGAUGAAAGACCAUGCAAUCGCUGCAUCAAGCGCGGCCUCCAAGAUCACUGCAUGGACGGCGUGCGCAAAAAGGCAAAGUAUCUACACGACGCGCCAGAUGGAGCUCUCAUGCCAGGUGUAGGCGGUCACUAUCCAUACAUGAACGGCAACCGCCCAACACCGAUCCCGAGCCACGAAACCCAAACAGUCUCCGUCUCUCCACAGAGCAACAUGUACAAUCAAACCCAACCAGCAGCGUUUUAUCCACCCAACUCGAUACCAGGGCAACUACCUGUUGCGCAAGAUAGCCACGCCUUCAACAAUCAGCAGUCGCCAAUCUCACCCCCGUUCAACCAAUCGCACCACGGGCCAGUGCAAAAUGCACCGAGCACUAUGCCCCAAGGCCAACAGAGCCAGUUGCAGCAAUUCGGACCCUUGUUCGAUCCAAGUGACCCAGCAUUGUUCAAUUUUGAUAUCUCAAGUCUGAACUUUGGCAACCACUAUGGAGCGCUCGAGUUUGGCAUGCUUGGUCAUAUGUCGUCAGGCGCAGUGGACACACCCCACGAUAACGGAAUGAUGAGUAAUAUGAAUGGUGCUGUAAACAUGUACAAUCAGCAAAUGCCCUCCACUUAUGCGGACCAGAACAAUGCCGCAACCGCAAUGGCAUACAACCCCAACGGGCUUCCAGCGGGCGAGUGGCAAGACUCGCAUUCGCGGCAAGGCAGUAUGCAUGUGCACACGCCAAACACUUCAGCCGGGCAUGACCACCACAGUCUUCGGAACGACAGUCUUAGUGGUCCACAUGCAUUCGUCAUUGGCCAAGGACCGGGUUCUACAGCAAGCCCAGCUUCCACGGAUGCAUCCACAUUCGAGGGCGACAACCCAUUGGCAACUGCAGCUUUCUUCGCCAACACCAAUCGACCUCACGCGCAACACUCUCCAGCCGUCAACCGAUCGCAGCGCGAACAGAGACCAUCAACGACAGCAAUUCAACCGAUGAACUCAAAUGGUAUCCGCAAACGUCAACGAGAUACCAAGGCCAUCUACCAAGGAGUUACCAAGCCAUAUGACUACGUCAAGGGCUACCACAGGCUCUACCAGCUGAUUGACAAGAACUAUUCAAGACCGUGGGUUGCCAAAGCCCAACAGUAUCUGCAGAACUACCGACCUGUGCUGUUGCAAGUGAGAGAAGAGUUGAAUAGGGACGACUUGAUCCAUCAAGAAAUGGGACUGCAGCGCCAAGUCAUGACAUUGCAGGAUCACUUCGCAGAGGUCGGUACACCAUUUUUAAUAUGUCGGCGAUCUGGCGAGAUUGUCGGCAUUAACAAGGAGUUUACCAUUCUCACCGGCUGGAAAGACUCAGUUCUGCUCGGCCACGAGCCAAACCUCAACGUCAACACUGGGACAAAUCGUGAAACAAGUGAAAGCGAUACUGGCUCAACUCAAAACACAACACCCAAUCUUACCGCGCAAGACUCUGAGACGGCCACACCCAGCGUCAACAUCAUUGAGCUUAUGGAUCCCAAGUCCGCACUGGAGUUCUUGCAGCACUUCUCCGAACUCUGUUACCAGGACCCUCAUGGCUAUGCCUCUCAGCGUGUCAACAUGCUGAGAUACCAAACCAAAGCCGACAUAGACCGCAUCCAAGAAAUGAAGAAUGCGAAUGCUGGCUCUGACGUCAAGGCUGACCCACUCGUCAAGGUCGAAGGCGAGAGCGCUAUGCAAAGGCUUGGGGCGAAGAAUGGUAUGGUCGAUUGUAUGAUCUGGUGGCAUAUCAAGCGCGAUAUGUUUGAUAUGCCUGUGCUUGUUUGCAUGAGUGUUAUGCCUGUGCUUGACAAGGGUCUGCAAUAA